GUUAAGUAUUGGUCAAUUGCCAUUAGCCAUGUUAGCUGACCAUGCUAACCAUUGAAAGUUAAAAAUUACAAAUGAUUUAUUUUUUUCAAUGGCUCUGACUUCAGCUUGACCCUUUCUGUUUUAUUCAGACCAGAUUUUGAUAGAAAUCUGUUGACAAUAAACUUGCGAUUUCACACUGACCAGUCUUUUCAUGGCAUCCUAGGGUAUUCAGUGACAAAAGUAAUAAACAAAGGGACAGAACUCAGUAGGGGGUUUACACAAACUCACUGUUAUGUGUUAUUUUGACUUGGUGGAAUUGACAGUGUCAGUAGUGAUGGGAUAUUGGGAGAGUCCAUAAAAGCUAGAAGUUUUAUAGACUCCAUUAAACACAGUUAUAUUUUGUUAAGUGACUGAUCUUGUUGUGAAAAGUUAACUGGAUUUUUUACCACCAAGUAUCUGAUCAUGAACUGGUUGUUAUUUUCUGGAUUGAAAAUGACAUUCUCUUAUGACAUGUCUACACCUAGCCUACGCCUCAGGCAGUCAGAGGCCCAGAAAAAUAUCUGCAGACUUCGUAACUGUAUGCCAGAAAAAUUUCAGACCCUAGUACGAAUGCACUUGUCAAUCCAUCUAGACUUGGAUGGAUCUAAACUUGAUGAAAUGUUUUCAGAAAGUAAGCCAGUAGAAAGAACAGAAACAAGACAGAAGAAAUCGUCCACACCAUUUUCUAGAAAGAAAAGUGAUAAACAGGGUCAUCUAUUUGGUUCACCACUAACAUCAGAAAAUGUAGCCAUUAUUUACAAGCUGAUAGAAUUUCUAGGCAGACCAGAAAAUAUAACAACAGAAGGAUUAUUCAGGAAGACUGGUAAUGUUGCCAGACAGAGGUUGUUAAAGCAAUGGUUGAGUGACGGCUCUUUGACGUCACUUGAUGAUGGGACUUUUUCACAUCAUGAUUGUGCUACAGUGCUAAAGAAUUACCUCGGAGAAUUACCUGAUCCUUUACUCACAGAAAAAAAUUACGAAGCUCAUCUUCAAAUUGUUGAAAUGGGAUCAAACCUAGUGCUAGAUAAAGACAAGGCUAAGGCCCGGUCAAAACAGUUGAAAACCCUCCAGUUGUUAUUUUUGUUGCUGCCUCCAGAAAAUUCCCUCCUCUUGGAAUGUUUAAUUGAUCUAUUACAUAAAGUUACCAAGACGAGUGGAAACAUGAUGACAGCUCAGUCCCUGGGAACCUUGUUUGCUCCUCAUUUAUUGUGCUCGAGAAAGUUAAGUGCUACAGAGUUACAGUGCAUAUCACCAGUCGUGUCUAAAGCAGUGGCCUUCAUGAUUGAAUAUGGUCCUUCUAUAUUUAAGAUCCCAAAAGAAUUAGCAGUAGAUGUAGCCAACUUUUGGAAACAGAUGGAAACACCAAAUAAAUACACCAAUAAAAAUGAAAAUAAGGAGAAUUUGUCAACCAAGAAAAUAGCCACAACAUCAGCGACAGCUAUAGACACAGUGUUUACAUUCGUAGACAGGAAGUCAUCUUCAGACUCGGACACAGAUACACAAGUGGCACUGGCUAAAUUGUAUGCACAUGUACAAUCUAUGCCUGAGUCAGCAAGGAAGAAAAAACUUCUUAAACAGUUUAACAAUGCCAAUGGUUUAAAUGAGAGCUGUGCUAAACCCAGGAAACACCACAGAAGUAGGACUUUUGGUGAACAAAUAAAGAAGAGAUUUAGUCGACAUAAAAGGAGAGGAUCAAACGACCCCAAUGAGUGUACUGCUGGACUCCCAUGGACACUUACAAAGCCAAUUAAUAUUGAUGAGAAUGACAACUCAGAUAAUGUUUUCAUCGAUGACAAACCAUCAGCAAAAUUGAGAAUACUGAGAACACCAAAUAGUCCUGCAGUGCAUAUAGUUGACCUCUGUAAAUCACCAGCUACACCCAGAAACCGGACCCCUAAGGCAAGGAAACGUCUGAGUAGUGGAAGUAGUGAUGGCAGCAUACCAGAGAAACGUCCAACACCAGAACCUAUCCCAUCCCUUGAGAAUGAAAUACAAUAUUUGAUAAAGAACCCACCAGAAACCAGAGUGUUACGAUUUACACCAGAGCUUCAUGGGAAGCCUGUUGCCAUGGUGUCACCACUAUCAUUUUCACCCAUCUCCAACACUUUCAAAGACUGUCCACAAGUUAUGAAGAAAGCAAUGAAUACACCACGAUCGAGAGCUCCAGUGAUGGCAAUGACUCUAUCUCCAAGUCUGAAAUCAAGAGAAAGUCAACUCUAGAGAGUUCUGAUCCAGGGAGAUAACUCUGACAUUUAAUAGUGCUAAAAUAUCAGGAGAGCAAUGUAAAAAUAUUGUUAAGUUAAUACUCAAAGUUUUAUUAUAAAAUGUAUAUAGUUAUUAAUUGUAUAUACUGAAAAAUUGUACAAAAUUUUUAAAGAGGAGAGAAAAACGAAAGUAAAACAUUAUGGUUAAAUUUUUAUUGAUUUUCACAGAGUGAAUUAAAAUGUCCCCCCGAUAAAUGGAUAAUACUGUCUAAAUAUAUCAUUACUGUAUCAUUUUUCAAUCCCUUCUGAUUUGAAUCAGUAGCUUCAAAAUUUCAAAGUAAGUUUUAUAGAUAAGCAAGUAAAGACGAUAAAUGAUGAUUGGUGACUAAAACUCUACAAUUUUUUCAUUUAUGAAAUUAACAUUACAUUUUUUUUGUACUCCAAUGCAAAAUUUAAAAAAAAACCAUAUAUUAAAUUCAAUAUUUGAAUUUUUUAUUGAACUGAAAAAGUUACUAGCAUUUUUCAAUUAGAUAUUAAGAUGGCUUUCCUUUGAAAUACAAAGUUACUUUUUAUUGUUAAAAUACUUAAAAGCUUGUAGUAUUAUUUGCUUAGUCUGUGUGAAGCUUUUGUUAUUGUUAAGUGUGGUAGAGUUACAUAUAUAUGAGUGUUUACUGUGUUGUGUAGUGAUGCAUGGCAUCUUCUAAUUGGUGUGUAAAUGUAUGUAAGAUUUGUUAAUUUGUAUGACUUGAGUCUGUAUGUUUUUUUCUGUGUAAAGAGGUGGAACAUUUAUAUCUAAUACUGCUAUUUUAAUUAAAAAGCUUUAAUGUGAUGCUCAUUACAAUUUACCGGUCUGACUAACUAUGUAAUUUUUUUGUUUUUCUUCAACUACUACACAGCCAGUUAAAUAGAUCUAUACAAGUAUAGUUUGAAGAAGAAGAAAACUUUGAUAGGAUGAGAAUAUAACUAACAACCAGUCAGUGUCCUGUACCAAAUAUUAUUCUGACAAAAAUGUACUCAAUAAAGCAUAGAGGAGGACAUAUAACUGUUUAAAUGGAAUCCAAACAGUCAAUGAUUAUUGAAAUUUAUUUUAAAUAAGCACAGACAUAGAAGUUGAAUUCAAAUUUUGAAAGAUUUUUCAAAACCAUGCCAUAAAGGAUGAAUUUUAUGUUAAAAUCUAUGCAAUUGGUACAAAUGGAAAGAUUUUCUAAAUAAUGCUAUUUUUGGUAUAAAUGUUAUAAAUGUUCCACUUUGUGCUUAAACAUUCCUUUUCUUUGUCUUUCUUUCUUAUUUCUGUAUUCUUUAGUGCUAAAUUCUACAUGUACAUAGACUUGAAUGAUAUAUUGUAAACACAAAAAAUGCAAAUAAUUCUGUUUUUUAAGCAACCAACUGCUUAUGACAUGACCAGAUCAAACGGGUAAUAAUAUCAAAUAUAAACUAACAACAGAUGUUAAAAAGCUUUUAAAAUUUAUUUUGGUGAGUAUAUCGACAGAUAAACUGUAUGAAAACAAUAUCCAAUUGAUUUUCAGACUUAAUAAUUUGAUUCUUUUUUAUCUUCUUAUUUGUUUUUGAUAUAAGAAUAUGAAAACUCAUAAAACAAAAUUUGUGUUCAGUUUUGUAUUAUUAAUGAUAUUUUCAUGAUAAAUCUGUUAUUUUAUAAGCUCUACUGCUGCCAUGAAUUUUGUACUGAUCCAUUAUCACAUAUCACAUAUAUGUAGUUUAAUAUGGUACAUUUCUUAUCAAAUAUCACGUGUAUAUGUAAUUGAAUAUGUUACAUUUAUCUUAUCAUGUUAUCAUUGUACUGUGUCUUGACAUGUAGAACAUUAAAUCAUGAAAACACAA